AAUGAAAUAGGUGAUAAGUGUAUUGUUGAUUAUUGCCAUAGCAAAUGCAAGAUCAUAUACAUUAUAUAAGUAAUGUGAUGCAACAUGGGGCAAGGAUUAAUUAGGAACAAGUUCAAAUACAAUUUGUUCAGCAGGAUGUUUGAUUUCAUCAGUUGCAAUGAUGUUGCAUACAUAUGGUGUAACAACUGAUGGAACAACAACUCCUAGAACAAUGAAUACUUGGUUGAAAAAGAAUGGUGGAUAUGCUAGUGGAGAUUUGUUUGUUUGGGGUUCAAUUGAUAAGCUUGGAUUCCAUUAUUAAGGAAAGUUCACAGCUGCAUAAGCUAAAAGUAAUUAUGAUUAUUAGUUUAAUAGCAAAAUUUGAUGCUGGACAACAUAUUAUUUUAUGUGUUAACAGUGGUGGACAUUAUGUAUUGAUGACAUCAUAUUCCGGUGAUACCUUCAAUGUUAAUGAUCCAGGAUAUUCUAAGACAAGUUAUCCAGCAAGUGGAAUCACAAAUGCAGCUGCCUAUACUUAUAGCAAAAUCACCUAUUUUAAGAAUCACGUCUUAAAUUUGGAAUGAUUCUAUUAACAUAUAAAUAAUAAGACAAU